UCUUUUUCUCCCAAUCCACGCCAAAAAAGGAGCCCCAAGUGCACGAAUAUCAUCAGUUGGGCAGAAUAUUAAGUCCAACUACUGCCAAAGCCCCAACUCCCUUUCUUCAUUAGCCACACAAUAUCAAUCGGGCAGCACUAUCUUGUUGGAACGAAUUAAGGUUGAAGAGAACUUUCUAGAGCAUAUUUCUUCUUCUUCUUCUUCCCUUAUUCUCAACUCAACAAUGGCGUCUUUGUGUGCAUCUGCAUCAGCACCAACGAGAGCGGAGAUCCUCGCCCUAUUCCGGUCCCUUCUCCGUACGGCUCGGCAGUUCACCGAUUACAACAUCCGAGAGUACACGAAGCGCCGUACAGUUGACGCCUUCCGCCAAACCCAGAAGCUGGAGGAGCCUUCUGCUGUAGCGUCUGCGUAUUCGGAUGGAAAAGCUCAGCUGGAGAUAGCUAAGAGGCAGGCCGUGGUUUACCAGCUCUAUGCUCCUAAGAUCAAGAGCGUCAUGGAUGUCAAACCUCACCACUGAAAUGUCCAAUAGCAGAUAUUCUAGGGUUUUUUGGGUACUUCUUCUUGUAGCUAGUCCUCCUCUCUCAAAUUUUCAAUUAUAAGUCUAUUUAAAAUUAAUUUUGUGGGGUUUCUUUGUUUGGAUUUAUUACAAAACAAUUGUUAGAGAAUUGGGAAUUUAAGAUGAAAUGGGCUGUGGAUUUGUUGAGAUAAGCAUAUGCAUAUACGCAUACAUAUAUUAUGUAUAAUUUUUAUGCCAAAUUGAAUUGAAAUGUAGGACAUGUUUAUGAUCUCUAA